AUGUUAAUGAUAUUUCUUUUUAUAAAUUGGGUUUCAUUCCUGUUGUUUCGAUGCGUUAUCGUAGAAGCUCGUUUAAUCGACGGUAGUGACAAUAAUGCUCUAAAUUCGAUCGCCGGAACUCCGAAUCAACCUUUUUUGAGAGCCAUUAGCACUCUAAAUUUCAAUCAGAAUUCUACUCCUGUUACGUCGCCCACUGAUUUUCUUGGCUUAAACCCGAGCGGUCCGACUACUAUUAAAUGCACUGAUAAAGUACCUUCUGGGCAAUAUCCUAUGCCACGAUGUAUAUCAGAUGUAAUAUGUAGUUAUCAUGUUCAACCUUACGAUGCUGCCUCACUAUCAAGUUAUCGUUCAUUCAGACGAACUAGCCAUUUCGCUACUUUCUUUGGCCAAUAUAUUUCAUUUGAUAUUACUUCUUCAAAAAGUACAAAUCCAUAUUACCCAAUGUUCUUACCUGCUGAUGAUCCAUUUUAUAAUCCAAAUCCAAACACCACUAUAUCUCCUUACCAACUUACUGUACCUUUUUUACCUGCUAAUCGAUCUAAUGGAAAUGGUGACGCUAAUCCUGCAACCCAAAAUCCUUCUUUUAGUGGAAUAAAUGGUGUUACUCCCUUUUUUGAUCUAAAUAAUAUUUAUGGUAUUAGUGAUCAGGACGCGAUGACCAGGCUUCGUGAUACUUCAACAAAUAGAGGAAAAUUGAUGACUUCUAUUGUCAACGGUCAACAAUUUCCUCCAAUAAACGCGUCCGAUGGUUCUUAUAUUUGGGGUGCAACUUCGGAACGUUCAUAUAGUAUAUUCACUUUGGCUAUCCAGACAAUUUGGAUACGAGAACAUAACCGUUUAUGUGAUGAAUUAUAUGCAUUACAUGGUAGUUCCUGGACUGAUGAACAAUAUUUUCAGGAAGCUAGGCGUUGGACUAUUGCUUUCUUUCAAAAAGCUGUUGCUGAGGAAUAUAUUGGUGCUAUUCUAGGUCGUCCUUUACCCGCUUAUCAAAACUAUAAUCCUAAUCUUACUCCAGGUGUUGACACUUUCUUUUCAACCGUUACUUUUCGAUACGGUCAUAGUGAAUUAAGCGAUUUUUAUCAAAUUCAAGAUUUAUACGGAAAUGCUAUUUAUAAUUUAGCUUUAAUUGAUAUUAAAAAUCUCACACUUUUGCCGGAGCUUGGUUUAGAAACUGUACUUUGGUCUAUGAUUCUUCAACGUCAGGAAGAAGUUGAUAUUUUUUUUUCUGAUUCAACUAAAGCUGCCAAUGCCCCUGAUCAUCAUACUUAUGAUCUAGCUGCUUUUGACCUCAUAAGGAGUAGAGAUCGCGGCAUUCCUUUAUAUAAUGUGGCCAGACAAUAUUUUGGUUUUCCUGAAGCUCAGUCGUUUGCUGACAUUACUUCAAACCCAAAUAUUCAAGCAAAUUUGGCUAAAAUAUAUCCAGCUGGAAUUGAAACCGUAGAAUCGUGGGUUGGUGUGAUGAGUGAAGAUCAUUUAAACGGUUCAAACUUUGGUAUGGUUAUGAAUGCGAGUAUGGUGACGCAGUAUACGAAUAUUAGAGAUUCUGAUAGUUUUUGGUUCGAGAAAUCUGAUAUGUUUACCGAUAAUGAACGAAAAAUCUUACGAAACACGACACUUCGAGACAUAAUUCUUCGUAACAUCAAUAACAGCGUAACCUUUCCUCAAAAUAUUUGGUCCGUCCAGCCUCAAAUCAAACUUAACGAUAGUAAUGAUGAUAAUUAUCCAACCAAGAUUAGUGCUUGGACUCAAUAUAUUGUUAGUUUUAGAGUAGAUUUGAACUAUUUAUAUUUCAAGGUUCAACUACAAACCUCUGAUGGCAAUGGUUGGUUUGGAAUGGGAUUUAGUCCGGAUGAUGAUGGAAUGAAAGGAGCUGAAUUUAUAAUUGGCAUUGUCACUAAUGGAAACGUCACAUUAGGAAAUUAUCAUGCUGAUGUAGGUGGAUACCAUCCACCCCUUCGAGAUUCUGAUCAAGAUCCCACUCUUGUACCAAAAUUUUCUAUGUCUGAUAGCAAAGCUGUGACUGUAGAGUUCAAAAGACCUCUCAAUCCGCCAGGAAGAAAACCAAUUGUGCAUGGUGAUAUGAAAUAUAUCAUGGCAUAUAAUCCAAAUAGCAAUGCUUUUUCUUAUCAUCAAAAUAAUCGCAUUUUGAAUCGAGUAAACUUUUAUAAUAGUCAAAUUAGUUCUGCAUCUACAACAGGUCUUCAAAGGAUAGUUAGAUUAAUUCAUGGUUGCGGAAUGCUCUUAACAUGGUGGUAUGGAUUUUUUUUACCUCACAUAAAACCGGUUAAACCCGGAUUUUAUACGCGAAACUAUGGCGAAACUAUAUGGUUUCGCAAGCAUCAUGAUCAACAUCUUAAGGCUCAUCGGCUUAUGCAGGUGGUGGGUGGUAUUUCAGUUUCAUCAUUCGGUGCUGCUGCUAUUUCUACGGUGGUGACGACACAAACACCACAUGCUUGGUUGGGACUGUUUAUAUAUUUUUCGGCAUUUUUUGAAUUAGCUCUUGGUGUAGUCGCUAUGUGGGGACAAUCAUCUAUAGUAUCAGUUAAUAAGGGGUAUCCAAGAUUUACAAAACGCCUUCAUAAAUUUUUUGGUGUAACGCUAUUAUUAGCAGCAUGUGAUUCGUUUUGGUGGAAAACUGGCUACGGUUUUUGGAUACUGUUAAUAAUAAUUAUCUUCUUAAUUGGAGACCUUUGGUGGCGUAUUGAAGGAUUCUUUCACCGAUUAUUUUGUAUUAAAGAUAAAGAUAUUGCCGAGAAAAAAGCGAUGAUGCAUACUCAUAUUAAUCAUGAAGAUUAUAUAAAAUUACCAGAAUUUACUUGGGAAGAAAUCAAUGAACGAGUUCAGCGUGGGGCUUUUUUGGUUGUUUGCGACGGACUUGUGGUAGAUGUCCACAGUUGGAUUAGUUCUCAUCCAGGAGGAAGUCAAAUAUUAUUGCGUGUAAAUAUUUUAAUGGUUAUUGGAACAGAUAUUACGAAUGAUUUUUACAAUACACACAAAAACAAACCAGUUGCUGAAGAUGUAGAUUCUCCCGAGGCUUUAUUAAUUCCAAAAGAUGUACCUUCUGGAAAUACUUCAUCUGUGCUUGCAAAAUAUGUAAAUCACCUUCGAGGAAAACCUGCACCCCCAAAAAGACUCUCAGCUGCCAAAUUUGUUGACAACUUUAAUGGAAAAUUCUAUCUAAGAGAACCGUUGGCACAACAUACUCAUAGUAGAUUUGCUACACAGAAAAUGGCAACACUGGUUAUAGGCAAGAUGAGUGAAAGCGGGAGUGAAAAAGGGCCUUUGGUCCAAAGUGAUAAGUCUAUUUAUCAAAGUAUAGACGAGUCCAUAGAAAUUGAUAAAAAUCUCACAAAAGCUAUCAAAUUUCAUCGUUAUAAACUUAUAAGUAAACAAAUGGUUAACGCAAAUGUCAAAUAUCCUGUAAUGAGAUUUACAUAUUCCUUAAUACAUAAAGGUGAAAAAGAUGUUUACGCUGAAAGGUUUUUGCCUGGACAUUACAUUGAAGUGCAAUCUAGAAAUGAACAGUUAAUAGGAUACGAAAUUCAAGCACGCGGUCCAUUUGAUGUUUCUGAAAGACACAAGUCAUAUGUUGCGUCCACAACUUCAUUAUCUCGGAGAGAGAGUCUACUUUCAAAUGCAAGAACUUAUAUCCCUUAUACCCCAAAUCAACUUACUGGAAUGUUAUCAUCAACGAAGACUUUAAAGACUUCUUUAUUAAACCCAGAUAGUCCGGAUGGUUGUUGGGACGAAUUAUACAUGCUUGCUGGUGGUACAGGGAUAACACCAAUGUUGCAGUUAAUCAAGUAUCAUUUGGAACAAUCGAUAAAACAAAAAAAUGAAUCUGGUCAAUAUUUUAAAUAUAAACGAAUGCAUUUAUUAUAUGGAAAUCGUACGAUUGAAGAUGUUAUCGAUGGUAUAUUACUUGAAGAUCUUGCGCUCUCAAGUAGAGGACAACUUACUGUGACGUACUGUCUCUCGGAACCACCUUCAGAUUGGGAUGGUUUACAGGGAAGAAUUACUAAACCAAUAAUACUAGAUUGGAUGGACAUAAUGCGGGGUGCACUCCUCGAAUCACAAAACAAUACUCAAUUGACAGCACAAGAUAACAAUUAUUUGAACAUUCUUCAGAGUCAUUCUGUACGCCGUGAUGCAACCGAACAGAAAAAGAAUAUACAGGCAAAAUAUGAAGCAGCACAAAUUAUACCAUACAUAUCAACAGAUGCACAGCCUUUUCCAGUAGAACAUCCACAUAUACGACCUGACAAUUAUGAUAAUUAUCAGAAAUAUGAUGAUGACAGUAUAAUUGAUAUGGGACCUAGGCCCGAAUCAAAAGCAUCAACAAGAACAGGAAGACCAACAAGCAUUGAUUCAGGUUUAACAAAUUCAAGGGGGAGUAUUUCGAUACAAGGAAAAAUUGUAGUUUGUGGUCCGCCUGAAAUGGUAUUUACCGUUGAGCAAUCUUUGGUUGAUAUGGGAUUUAGCGAAAGUAUGAUUAUACUACAUUAG